AUGAUUCGACGACGAUUACAACGUCGAACGGAAGUUGAGGAGACGCCAGGAAAACGCCCGAGAGUGUCGUCCCUGGUGAAAGCGGGCAGCAGUAGUGUUGAUGGAACGUCAGUACAACAUACUGACAUUGUCGAUGAACAGGAAGCAGUCGAAAAAAUUCGAGGUUGUAAGCUGAAUUUUCAUUUCAAAAGACAGAAAUCAGAAGCUUGCGCAGCAAAUGCAGAACUCGUAUUGAGUGACUCGAUAACAAUGGCUGUACGUAGAAGAGUGCAUGUCGUCAGUAAAUCAGCUGUUCACGCUAGCUUACUUGCCGAUCUUGAAAAGCGGUUUGGGCCCAUGGAUCCGAGCCGGCAUUUACAGCUUCUCAAUAUUACAUCUUAUACGGGUGGAUUGACAAAAGUCGAGAACGUUUGGCAGCUAAACAAUUUUAUACAUAGAUGUCAUGCACAGCCUGUACAGGACUUUCCAUGGCUGGAAGUCAGAGAAAUGCCUACGAUCAAAGGACGAGGUGUUUUCGCUAAGGUAGACAUCGCUAAAGGAAUGGCUGUUGCUGAUUAUCGUGGUUACCGUGGAUUGACGGAAGACGUUUUGAAGCCUUACAAUAAGGGACUUGCUGAAGAGAACGCCACAAAGUUGCCAAAUAUUGGAUGGGAGUGGAAGGAAGCGAUUGCAAUUACAUCGUACUUGCUCACUGCGACUCGUAUAAAGUAA